AUGUUCUCUCGUGUUUUUGCUGCUACUGUUGUCAUACUCACUGCUGUCACGUCCACCGCCAUGGCCGCUCCUACCACGGCUACCGACACUGGCGGCCAAUGCAACACCGGUAGCAUCCAGUGCUGCAACCAGGCUGGCCCCGCGAACUCGCUCCCUUUAGUUGUGCUGCUAACUGGGCUGUUCGGUAUCAUUCUCCCAAGUGUGGACGUCCCUGUCGGUCUAAACUGUAACCCGCUUUCGGUUAUUGGAGCCGGCGGAAAUUCUUGCACCCAGCAGUCCGUUUGCUGCGAGAACAACAACUUCAACGGUCUCAUCGCCGUUGGAUGCACUCCCAUCAACCUCAACCUUUGA